AUGGAAGCCGAGGUAUCAUUCCAAGAGGAUCGACCUGCGUGUCGCGCUUGUCGCAAGCGGAAACUCCGCUGCUCGCGUGAAGUGCCUCUCUGCGCUCAUUGUCGCAGGAUUGGAACGACGUGUGUAUAUGAUGGAGAGCGAGAGAAACCAGGUCUGAAAACCGGAGCUGUGGAGGCGUUGAGGAGACGGGUUGAGGCGCUAGAAGAUGCUGUGUUCCACCAGGGACGACCAGAAGAAAAUAGACCAGUGUCUGAUAGCAACGCGGUGGCUACUGCGCUUCGAGAAGGACUGGAGCUGCUCCUCGGACAGCAGCAGCAGCAGCCUCACCCACGUAAAAGACCAUGUGAGACGGACUUUUUGCCUGAGACAAUCCAGGAUGUGCCGCGAUCGCCAUCCAACAAACGGAGACGGGUAACCGAUACGCUGAUUGAGCCGGAGGGGCUCUCCGAUCUGUCGUCCAGUCUACCUCCGCCGGCCGUUAUAGAGGCCGUGAUCGACUCAUACUUCGCCCUUGUACAACCAUGGAUCCCAAUCUUCCACGAAAAGAAGUUCCGUCAGCGGUUGAGGAGCCCUGACAAGACUCGUCUGGAGGUUGUGCUACAUGCGAUGGUGGUUGCGAUGCUCAAGCAUGUCGACCAAUCUGUGCUUCCGGCAGAUCUCAAGGAUAUCGAAGCUCUCUGUGAACGAUCCCGGAAGAUUGUGGUGCUGACAGCAAUGGAUGACCUCUUCGUCGAGAAUCUGCAGGCCUUGAUCAUCAUCUGCUUCGAGGAUAUUGGAUCCGGGAGGGUCUCUCGAGCGUGGCCGAUUGUCGGUUCCUUGACGAGGACGGUCGAGUACCUUCAAUUGAGCGUCGAGUCCGAAAACCAUGACACAGGACGAGUCCUGCAGCCUCGACCUUCUCUUCCGGUGGCUACAGACUGGGUGGAGGAGGAAGAACGACGACGGGUUUUUUGGACUAUUUUCAACCUAGACAGAUUCUGUUCGGUGACUACAGGGUGGAACACCAGCCUAACCUCCAACGACGUCCACCGACGCCUCCCCGCGGACGGCGGCCUCUGGCACAACGAGGAACCCGUCACCACCCCCUUCUUUGGCAUCUGGGACCGAUCCGCCGGCAAGAUCGGCACCCUCAUCGCCUUCCUACCCACAGACAAGCCUUCCCCAACAGCGCAAGUCGACAUGUCAACCGUGGGCGCCUUCGCCUAUCGUGUCGAGGCCACCGAGUCGCUGAGCCGAGUGACGACCUUCUUCCUUCAGCAGCGGAUCAACCAUCGUGACCGACAGGAGAUGGGCAGCUGGCUUAUGCGGUUCAAGGAGCUGGAUCUGCGGCUGGUGAGCUGGAAGAUGUUCCUCCCGCACAAAUGGAAGGACACGAAUAUCUCGCGGCAGCCGACGGUGGUGACGAUGGAUCCGAACCUGACGCUUGCGCACAUUACACACAACACGUCGAUGAUCCUGCUGCAUCAGCGGAUUGCGUAUCCGCCGCCGGAAUGGUUGGAGGUUGUCAAAUUGCCGACCUUGUCCAGCGCGGAGACGUGCGAGGCGGCGGCGGCCGAGACGGCGAAUAUCACGGAGAAGUAUCUGGGGAAUUGUCCGAGGGAGGGCGUGGUGGAUAGUCAAUUUGCGUUCUGUGUUUUCGUCAGUGCGAGGGUCCUACUGGUGCAUUGGCGAUACUAUGGCACCCCCUUGUCCCCGGAUUACUGGACGCUGAUGAAAUGCCUCGAUGCCAUGGUGACCCGCUGGUCCGGCCGUGUACAGUCGAGCCGUCAAAACUCCGCGGCCAAGUACUUUGGCCAACUCAAUGCCGUCCACCGAGCGUGUCAAAGCGACGAGACCUUCAAGCUAGAUGUUCUGGGGUACUCCAACGAGAUUGAAUGGACGGGAAAUAGCCAGCAAGCAGCACUUGAAAGCACAGCCGGAUUGCCCCAGCUCGCCUUUGCACAGGAUCUACCGCCAGGGAUGCCAGUCGAUGCGCCUAUGCUGCAAUCUAGUCCGGCGAGAAUGAGCUACAACACAGGAAGCCCGGACGAACUGACCACGGUGACAUCGAUCCUGUUAGAUCAGCAGUACUCGGAGAUGGACCGGAUCAUCAGUCUAAACAAUGCGUAUUUCGCAUCAGAUGUAGCACUAAAACGAAUCAAUAUGCCCCCCCUCCCUGAUUUCAGCGAUAACCCCCUCCUCACCCGCAGCGACCUCGUCCGCGCCGCCCUCGCCCUCGUCCGCCCUUUACACGCCCACUUCUCCCCCGCGCGCGCACUCAUCCGCCUCCCAAUCGCAACCGGUGCCCACUUUGACGACGGCGCCGCCUUGCUCGAGGGAUUCGCCCGUCCCCUCUGGGUCAUCGCUACCCUCCUGCACUCCUUAUCCUUCACCUCAGACCCCGGUAUCAUCGAAUCCAUACAACAUGUCGCUCAACCCUGGGUAGACGGCAUCCGCCACGGCACAGACCCCGACCAUGCAGAAUACUGGGGCACCAUCGCCAACGGCGACCAGCGCAUGGUCGAGGCGGAGGUUCUCGCGUGCGCGCUGCUCUUCGCGCCAGACGCGUUCUUCCACUCACAGAACAAAACUACCCGGAGGAACAUCGUUGCGUGGUUGGAGGGGAUGCACGGCAAGGACAUGCCGGUGAACAAUUGGCGGUGGUUCCGCGUUUUCUCGAACCUGGCUCUUGUCCUUGUUGCUGGGGUUCCGUAUGACGAGGUCAAGCGGGAAAUGCAGGCGGACUUUCAGGUUCUGGACGCGUUUUAUCUGGGUGGGGGGUGGUCGGGGGAUGGGCCGUGGUUGGCGGCGGAGGAUGAAGUGCGCGAGCGGGAGGAGUGUGAGCGGAUGAGGCGAUGGGAUCGGGUAGGGUGUGGACGACAGGCGGAUUACUAUUCGGGGAGUUUUGCGAUCCAGUUCAGCCAGUUGCUUUAUGUCAGGUUUGCGGGUCGCUUGGAUCCGGAGCGGGCGGAGAGGUAUCGGGCCCAGGCGAGGGAGUUUGGGGGGAGCUUCUGGCGGUAUUUUGACCGUGAGGGAGGGGCGAUUCCUUUCGGAAGAUCCCUUACCUAUCGCUUUGCUUGUGGAGCUUUCUUCGCUGCGCUGGCUGGAGCCGAUAUCCCUGCCAUGCCACAGCCAUUGACUUCCAUCGGCGCCGUCAAGGGCUUCCUGCUGAGGCAUUUACGAUGGUGGGCAACUCGCUCACACGAUAUGUUCUAUGCCGAUGGGACGAUGAACAUCGGUUACUUGUAUCCCAAUAUGUACAUGUGCGAGGACUACAACUCCCCCCAGUCGGUCUACUGGAGCCUCAAGUCACUCAUCGUUCUUCUCCUCCCCGACCCCCAUCCCUUCUGGACCACACCAGAAGCAUCUUACCCAUCCGCGCAAGCACCGGUGGAAAUAGUCUCAGCACCGCAGCAGCUCCUCUGCCACCACCCAGACGGAGGCCACCACUUCCUCCUCAACCCAGGCCAAUUCGUCGCCUGGCCGAUGAAAGCCUCGCAGGCGAAAUACUGCAAGUUCGCGUACUCGUCCGCGUUUGCGUUCAGCGUGCCCACGGGGCCAUUGAUACAGCAGAUCGCGCCGGAUAGUACGCUCGCGCUGAGUCGGGAUGGCUGCGCUACCUGGGCCGUGAAGUGGAAGGCCGCGCCUGUCCGGUUUGACACUGCGACUGUGCGGGGAGGGGGGGAGAGUAUCCCCGUGGCGAACAUCGAGUGGCGGCCGUGGGUGGAUGGACAGGUCACGGUGCGGACGACGCUGAUUCCGCCGACGAACCGGUGGCCGGACUGGCACGUCAGGGUUCAUCGCGUUCGUGUCGGCAAGGGCUUUGGAGGGUUGCAUUUGGUAGAGGGUGGGUUUGCUAUCGCGCGUGUGCCGAGGGGGGCUGCGAAGACGCCCGGUCGUGAGCGGAUGCUUCCGGCUCUCGAGGGCGAGGCUUGGCUGGAUGCAGAGAUUGGGGUGGGAGAGGGUGUUUGUCUAUCGUCGGAUAGUGUGCUUGUCUUGUCCGCGGCCGGGGCAAGUGGCGUUCGUGGAAUAGUGUCCACAGGGGGGACGGAGCAUGAGGCGCUGAAGCCUGACUCGAACACGAAUCUCAUGGCGCAGCGGACGUUGAUUCCGGUGGUGAGGCAUGAGGUGCUGGACUGUCAGGAGGCUGUCCUAGUGACCGCUGUCUUUGCUGUUGCAACUACUCAGGACCAGAGGCACCGGAGUCUACGGGAGAGAUGGAUGGAUUUUCCACGGGUUGAUCUAGAGUCAGAGAGUAUCACGUUGCAAUAG